AUGGCGACACCUCUCUGUAAAGUAAAUCCAUCGAUCCAUUGUGGCUUUAGCCCAGCCGAAAAUUUAGUUCGCCUUCAGCGUUGCCUUAAGGGCCCCGCUUUAGAAGCUGUCCGAAGCGAUUUGCUUCAGCCAGAGUGUGUUCCCCAAAUUAUGGAAACCCUUCGCUUCGUUUAUGGACGGCCCGAAUUGCUGUUAGAGGAACUUCUGGAAAAAAUUCGUGGAAUUCCAGCUCCAAAACCGGAUCGUCUUGAGACUUUGGUCGAUUAUGGUGUGGCCGUUAAAAGUUUGAGUGGCCAUCUAGAAGCCGCCCAUCUGCAUGAACAUCUCUCAAAUCCCACUCUGUUAUCCGAACUCGUCAAUCGAUUACCCGCGCAUGUGAUGUAUGAUUGGGCAAAACAUUGCAAAGGUUUGAGCGAAGUGAAUCUAAAAACAUUUGGUGCCUUCAUGAAUAACGUAGCGCGAACAGUGAGUCAAGUUUGUCCGAGCAGUGGAGUAGCAGUGAAGAAGGAGACAAAUAAAAUAAAACGUGGCACAGUUCAUGCGCACACGGAGCUGCCACCGGAACGAUACCAUCCGGGAAAAAGAUGUCCGAAAUGUGCUGGUCAACACUAUCUGAGGGAUUGCGAAGAUUUCAUAUUGUCCAAUAUAGAAGAGCGCUGGAACUUAAUCAACUCUGCACAGAUAUGUCGUAUCUGUCUUUUUGCCCAUGGGAAGAGAUCGUGUCGAAGCCAAAACAAAUGUGGGAUUUCCGGUUGCAACUAUCGCCAUCAUACCCUUCUCCACACCCCCUCUUCCUCUCCGAAUCCGCCGCAUCCUUCGUCGACAGUUAGAGAUUCAGGCCGAUCACAAUCAGGAAUGCAGAACCAAACUCCUAUUACCGUUCAACCAGCUUCCUCUGGCGAAAUACUGUCUCAUAGAAGUUCGGAACGUGGGAGUCUAUUUCGAAUAAUUCCUAUCACAGUGUACGGUAACGGAAAGUCCAUCGACACCGUUGCUUUCAUCGAUGAAGGAUCGUCCCUCACGCUGAUUGAGGAAUCACUUGUCAACGAAUUGAACAUUAAAGGGACUCCUCAAGCACUCUGCCUUCAGUGGACCGGCAAUAUGUCACGCAUAGAAAAGGAUUCUGAAAUUGUCGAUCUUGUGAUUUCCGGAAUAAACCAGCAGAAAACCAACAUGAAAGAAACGCGUACGGUUAAACGAUUGUCAUUGCCGACACAAACGUUGGAUUAUGAAUACUUAGCAAACAAAUAUCGACAUCUUAAAGGACUCCCGGUGGGGAGCUACGUCAAUGCAGUCCCUCGGAUCUUGAUCGGCGUGAACAACCUUCAUCUGACCGUGCCAUUGAGAGUCAAGGAAGGGCAAUCGGAUGAACCAAAGGCUGCGAAAACUCGCUUGGGCUGGUGCAUCUACGGUGGAGCUAAAAGUGAAUCAAAUAUCCCGUCUAUUAGCUUUCACGCUUGUGAAUGUUUGAAAGAUGAAACUCUUCACUCGAUGGUGCAUAAUUUCAUCUCACAAGAAGAUGCAGGAUUGACAACGGAAAUUACCUUAGAAUCCGAAGCAGAUAAAAGAGCCCGUUCCAUCUUGGAAGAAACAACACACAGAAUAGGUGAAAGAUUCUCAACUCGACUUCUUUGGCGUUUCGAUGAGUUCGAACUACCCGAUAGCUACCCAAUGGCGGUGAAACGCAUGGAAUGCCUGGAACGUAAAAUGGCUAAGAAUCCACGUCUACUAGAAAAUUUAAAGAAACAAUUAGAAGAUUACCAGGCAAAGGGUUAUGCGCAUUUAGCGACAGAAACGGAGCUAAGGAACUCUGAUCCAAGACGCACAUGGUAUUUACCACUAGGUGUGGUCGUAAACCCUAAAAAACCGGAGAAGGUGAGAAUGAUUUGGGACGCUUCCGCUACAGUUAACGGAAUAUCCUUGAAUACCAUGUUACUUAAAGGGCCUGAUGAACUGAUUCCACUUCCCUGGAUCCUAUUCCGCUUUCGCCAGUAUCCAGUUGCCGUGACAGCAGACAUAUCCGAAAUGUUUCACCAAAUCAUGAUCGAUCCGGUAGAUCAGCAAGCUCAACGUUUCCUAUGGAGAUCAGAUCCUCGAAGUUCACCCGAAAUCUACGUGAUGAACGUAGCCACCUUCGGAGCGACGUGUUCACCAGCAGCCGCCCAGUUCGUCAAGAACAAGAACGCUAGAGAAUUUCGAAAUAGUUACCCUAGAGCCGUUGAAGGAAUUACUCAGCGACAUUACGUCGAUGACUACGCGGACAGUUUCGAGACAUCUGAAGAGGCUACAAGAGUGUCUUCGGAAGUUCGGUUGAUUCAUGCAGCUGGUGGCUUCAACAUACGAGGUUGGCGGUCUAAUGAUACAAAUGUACUUGUGAGCUUAGGAGAGAAUACGACUCAACAACCCAAAACCCUAGAUCUUGAGUUACGGAGCUACGAACGCGUUCUUGGAAUGCACUGGCUACCUGAAGAAGAUGUUUUGGGGUACCCUACAACACUUCCGCAAGAACUCCAUGACAUAAUUAAGCUGAGAAACCGACCAACAAAGCGUCAAGUUCUACGUUGCCUCAUGAGUUUUUUCGACCCGCUCGGUUUGUUGGCGGCCUUUAUUCUACAUGUGACCAGAGUCCACUAUCAACAAAUGGAGCUACACAUCUUUGUAGAUGCCAGCGAGGAUGCCUAUGCUGCAGCCGGUUACUUUCGUAUCCCCAGCGGUCCUGGCAUGUUUGAAUGUACUCUUGUAGCGGCCAAAACUAAGGUCGCUCCGCUAAAACACUGGUCUAUCCCGCGAUUAGAACUGCAAGCUGCUGUAACAGGAGCGCGUCUGAGGAAGUUCAUUUCCGAUGGUCAUUCAGUCGUAGCACAGCGUGUUGUAUAUUGGUCAGAUUCAAGUACGGUACGUGGCAUGCCGUAUCACGCUACUAAAUGGGGACAAGGACCUCCACUCUGGUCGGACGAUACUUGGUUCAAAGGCCCGAACUUUCUGUGGGGACCAGAAGAGGACUGGCCACAACCAAAGACUCCGAAAACGACAACCGAAGAACUUAGAGUUUCGUGUGUGCAUUCUGCAGUUGUUGCUAUGGAGUCCGUAGUUACCUUCACUAACUUCUCAAAAUGGGAACGCCUGGAUCACUACGUAACCGAACUGAUUAUAGACUAUUAUCACAGGAAAUACCACCAUUGUAACGCGGAGACAGUCGUCAACGAAAUUCGUCAAUACUUCAUCGUUGCACAGCUAAGACCAACCGUAAAGAAAAUAGCCCGAAGAUGCCAACAUUGUAAAGUCUACCGACCACAACCUCAAACUCCUCGGAUGGCUCCCUUACCGGAAGCUAGACUGGCUUCGUUUAUCCGUCCAUUUAGCUACGUUGGACUAGAUCUGUUCGGGCCAUUGUUUGUAAAAGUCGGAGAAGUUCGGUGA